CCAACAAGGCCACACCUCCUAAUAGUACCACUCCCUGUGAGCCUAUGGGAACCAUCUUUAUUCAAACCACCAUACUGCUCAUUCUCAGAUGUGAAAGCCAUGUCCAGAAAUGGCACCCCUUUAGGAAUGCACAUGUCACUAGGGUUCUGAGUGCCCAUCUAGCAUGAGUGAUAGGCUAUGGGCAUACACAGUUACAGAUCCACUUUGACCUUCUUUGGGUUACAUUUCCCUCUGUUAGUCUCUCCUCUAUCUUGGGUCACCACCUCAAACCACCACCAUACACACAUGCACAAACACACAUCAGCCAAGGCAGGUGGCGUUUACAGACUGCUAGAAGUGUCUGACUUGGGAACACAGAAGGAGUCAUAAUGAGAAGUAGGUUCUUCAUAGACCUUCUUGCCUUCUUUCCUACAUUUCUUGACCAGGUGCCAGAUCAGAGAGUCCCCCAGAGCAUAUCUUGCCACUGUCAUGUGGCCAGUACAUUGCACUCUUGCCUCAUGGGGCACAACCACCCUGCAGGGCAGUAGUGGCUGGCUGGACUAUCCAAAGAGUAUGCUAUGUUGGAGAGAGGGCACAGUCCUUAAUGGGAUCUUCUUUAUCCUUGAGUAUUCAUUUCCUGAGACCGAGGCUCUACCCACUACAGUCCACAGAAGGGUAGGAUUGUGGCUCUGAGAUUGUGUAUACCUCCUGUGCCCUCUUGCCAUUCAUUGCUGUCUGUUAUCCUUGCUGUGUGAACAGUCUGAGGUCUUGUGCCCCCAUUAACUCCAUGGACCAGCGACAGCAGCAAUGCAGGGUCCUUGGACAGACUACUCCCACCAGUGGGAACUGGGCGCUCACCCCGGAAGCGCACCACCAGCCAGUGCAAGUCAGAGCCACCCCUGCUUCGCACAAGCAAACGUACCAUCUACACAGCCGGGCGGCCACCAUGGUACAAUGAACAUGGCACGCAGUCCAAGGAGGCCUUUGCCAUUGGCUUGGGAGGUGGCAGUGCAUCUGGGAAGACCACUGUGGCCAGGAUGAUCAUUGAAGCUCUAGAUGUGCCCUGGGUGGUCCUGCUGUCCAUGGACUCCUUCUAUAAGGUUCUGACACAGCAGCAGCAGGAACAGGCUGCCUGCAACAAUUUCAACUUUGACCACCCCGAUGCCUUUGAUUUUGAUCUCAUCAUUUCUACCCUCAAGAAACUAAAGCAGGGCAGGAGCGUCCAAAUACCCAUCUAUGACUUUACUACUCAUAGCCGGAAAAAAGACUGGAAAACACUGUAUGGUGCAAAUGUCAUCAUCUUUGAGGGUAUCAUGGCCUUUGCUGACAAGACACUGCUGGAGCUCCUAGACAUGAAGAUCUUUGUAGACACAGACUCUGAUAUCCGACUGGUACGGCGGCUACGCCGGGACAUCAGUGAGCGAGGCCGGGACAUUGAGGGUGUCAUUAAGCAGUACAACAAGUUUGUCAAGCCUGCUUUUGAGCAGUAUAUCCAGCCCACCAUGCGCCUGGCAGAUAUUGUGGUACCCAGAGGGAGUGGGAACACAGUAGCCAUUGACCUGAUUGUACAACAUGUUCACAGCCAGCUGGAAGAGCGUGAACUCAGCGUCAGGGCUGCGCUGGCCUCAGCUCACCAGUGCCAUCCCCUUCCCCAGACACUGAGUGUCCUCAAGAGUACCCCACAGGUACGAGGCAUGCACACCAUCAUCAGGGACAAGGAGACUAGCCGAGAUGAAUUCAUUUUCUACUCCAAAAGAUUGAUGAGGCUGCUUAUUGAACAUGCACUGUCCUUCCUACCCUUCCAGAUACCCCAAUUCACUAUGCAGGACUGCACUGUACAGACCCCACAGGGGCAGGACUACGUGGGAAAGUGCUACGCUGGAAAGCAAAUAACCGGAGUGUCCAUUCUGCGUGCAGGGGAAACCAUGGAGCCUGCGCUGCGUGCUGUGUGCAAGGAUGUGCGCAUUGGCACUAUCCUCAUCCAGACCAACCAGCUCACAGGGGAGCCUGAGCUCCACUACCUGAGACUUCCCAAGGAUAUUAGUGAUGACCAUGUGAUCCUGAUGGACUGCACAGUAUCCACAGGUGCUGCAGCCAUGAUGGCUGUACGUGUACUCCUGGACCAUGAUGUGCCUGAGGACAAGAUCUUCUUGCUAUCCCUACUCAUGGCAGAGAUGGGUGUGCACUCUGUGGCCUAUGCAUUCCCACGUGUGAGAAUCAUCACCACAGCUGUAGACAAGCGUGUCAAUGACCUUUUCCGUAUCAUCCCAGGCAUUGGGAAUUUUGGUGAUCGCUACUUUGGGACAGAUGCAGUCCCUGAUGGCAGUGAUGAGGAAGAGACAGCCUCUAUGGGUUAGUUCCCAGCCUGAGCUACUCUUAUUUCUCUAUCCUGCCUCCUGGAUUGUAGACAGCACAUUAACUUAUUUGAAUUUAAAAAUGUUACCUAUGAUAUUUAGUUUUCACAUUUUAUAAAAUAAAUAAAGCUCCAAAAAAUGAA